AUGAAGCUUAUAAAAAUGGAUAAAGAUUCUAUUGAUAACCUUCAACGUUAUGUCAAUGCAGUGACUAGUCUUACAAACUUGCUUGUUGAAUUUUCAAAGCAUUCAUUAAAUUAUAAAGAUAAAAUCAUUGAAAAAAUAAAAAGAUAUGAUGAGAACCUUGAAACAGUUGAAAACUUAUAUGUACUAGUUGAAGAAGGAUUCAAUGAUGUAUCCCAGACAACGGCAUCAAUGAAAAACAAUAUGGACAAUAAUAUGGAGUUUCCAAUGGAAAUGGUUGUAGGGAUCAAUCUGAUUUUAAAAAGUGAGUUCUCAGAUAAAGUUUUUGAUGAUUAUAAAUUAAAAGAUCCACUAUCAGCUUCAACAAAUGAAAAGGAAAAGGAAUUAUUCAAUGGAUAUUUGACAAUCUUAAGUAACUUACAACAUUCAAAUAGUGUUAUAGCAUUUUAUGGUGUAUCAUGUGUUGAUGGUAAAGAUGUUUUGGUAUUUGAUUGGGUUGAGUUAGGAAGUUUAAAAGAAUCACAUGCUGAGAAUACAACUGAUAGAAGUAUUGGUGAUGAUUAUGAUUUUGAGUUUGCUGAUGAAUUCAAUAAGAAUGAUACUUGUGAACUUGAUUUCAAAGAGAUUGGAAUAUCAACAUUGGAGGAUGCCAUAAAACUUCACAAGGAAU